UAAAGUUACAAGAAGUUGUAACAAACUGCUUACAACCUCCCAGAAUGGCAGACCAGAAGCGCCUUGCCUAUUCCAUCAUCCAGUUUCUACACGACCAGCUACAGAAUGGGGGUCUGUCUCCAGAUGCUCAGGAGAGUUUGGAAGUGGCCAUCCAGUGUCUGGAGACAGCAUUUGGGGUCUCAAUGGAAGACCAAGGCCUAGCCGUGUCCCAGACUCUUCCUGAAAUAUUUGAAGCUGCCGCAGGAAAGGAGCCUGAGCACAUCAGAACAAAUUCGGAGCCCAUCACUCCCUCUGAAGACGACAUAGCUGAAGCUGAAAGACUCAAGACUGAAGGAAAUGAACAAAUGAAGGCAGAAAACUUUGAAGCUGCUGUGUCUUUCUAUGGAAAAGCAAUUGAAUUAAAUCCAUCCAAUGCUGUGUAUUUCUGCAACAGAGCUGCUGCAUACAGUAAACUAGGAAACUAUGCCGGAGCAGUGAGAGACUGUGAAAGAGCUAUAGGCAUUGAUCCAAACUACAGCAAAGCUUACGGCAGAAUGGGCUUGGCCCUCUCCAGUUUAAAUAAACACACAGAAGCUGUCGUUUACUACAAAAAAGCCCUGGAGCUGGAUCCAGACAACGACACAUACAAAUCGAACCUUAAAAUAGCUGAACAGAAAAUGAAGGAGACUCCUAGUCCAACCGGAGGUCCAGGAGGAUUCGAUUUAGCUGGCUUGCUGAACAACCCUGGCUUCAUGAGUAUGGCAUCUAACCUAAUGAACAAUCCACAAGUACAACAGCUCAUGUCCGGGAUGAUUUCUGGUGGCCACAACGCCAUGGGAGCAGCAGGCACCAGCCCCUCCACAAACGAUCUCGCCAGCCUCAUACAAGCAGGCCAGCAGUUUGCUCAGCAGAUGCAGCAGCAGAAUCCUGAACUAAUAGAGCAGCUACGAAGCCAGAUUAGGAGUCGAACUCCAAGUGCCAGUAACGAAGAUCAGCAGGACUGAGCACUCCAGCGCAGUCCGUGGGAACUAUGUUCUUUGCUUUAAAAACUGGAAGCCAUGUGCGUGUUGCCAUUUCUUGAGUUGGAAGUGUCCAAGAGGGGGAAAAAAAUAAUGGAAAAACAAAAUACUUUAUAUGACCUGCAUGUUAAAGACAGAUUCACGCUUUCUCUCCCUAGUCUUCGUCCCUGCUCCUCUCCCUCAGCCUUUCCAUUAAGUCUUUUUUUCUUCUGGAAGAUCCAGCAAGCUGAACACAAACCAGCAUCGACAGUCUUUCUAAAGAAACUCAGAAAAUUAAUUACACUGUUACAUUUCUAUGUUAUUUGCUACAUGGGAAUUUUUUUAACCCGUUUUUGAGGAACGAUGCACUCUUCACUACAGGAUGUCUUCACUUUCCUGCCCACGUGCCACUUCAAAGAAGUGUUCAAGUCCUACCUAACCCCUGUCCUGCCCCGUUUAAUCUUCCUGCCUGUUACGAGACGGUAGUGUUUGAACCCGCUGGAGAUCACGGGAUCUUCUUGCCUCCAGGAACGGGGUUUCUGUUGAUUAGAUUCACUGCGUUUCUCAUUCAGGUCUGUAGCAACAUUGCCAGCGUUGUUAAUCCACGGGAGUUUGGUGGUCGCCUCUCCAAGGUUAGUGUAAAUGUGUUGGAGUUGGGACUGGCUGGGUGGAAUGUGCCCGUGUGCGACUGCUCCUGCAGCGAGUGUUUCCUGGGACGCUGCUUGGGCUUCUUUCCCAGUCCUGACAAAAUUUGUCUAGUGUUUAGUAAUUAUGGCUAUGUUGUUGGAAUGAUCCAAUCCGUGAACUAGUCAGGUGGACUGUAAGAAAGAUACGAUGUUUUUGGUGUUUAAAAGGGUUGGGUUUUUUUCUUCUGCUUUUUUAAUCUGUCUUUUAUGCAUGUAAGUAAUCAACUUGGUUGAGUGUGCUAUGGUAGGAACAGAGGGUGCCUGAGUAGAGAGCAGGACUGAAAAUGCUGCUUGGAUAGUCAGAAAUCAAGUGGCUGCCGGUUCAACAUGGG